AGGCAGAGGGACGGGCUGGCUCGGCUCGACCCGGCAGGGCUUGUUUACUAUGGCUGAUGAUCUGGAGCAGCAGUGAGUUAAUCCCGUCUCUUUCUCUUUCUCUGUCUCUCUCUGGCCCAUGAUCCUGGGACUGUCUGUGGCUGAGGAACACUUUUAGACAUCUUCCUGCCUUUCCUGUCUCAGGUCGGCCUCAUGGGAGGGCUGGGGGCUGCCUAUGCUCGCUUUGCUUUUGCCCAGAGGAGGCGGCGGCGGAGCCGGGGGAGCGAUGGAAAUGAGUUAGCCUGCAUGCCGCUCCGAGAUUCGAACUUUGCACGUUGGUAUCCGCGAUCGCUCCUCGUUCUCCUCUCCCCGCUGUGCUCGGGGAUUAGAUUCCGUGGGAAUGUCUGAGAUCCACCGAAGCAUGCUGGCGGGAUGCGGUUGCGGGGGUGGCAGCCAGGUCCGCCAGCCUGGACUGGCCCUGGUUUGGAAGUCGGGGGUGGAAAGAGCCUCAUUUCGCAGGGCACGGAGAGGGCACGGGAAGAGGAGAAAGGCCGCCGCCGCGCUGGAAUUGGUCUGCUUGGAAUAAUGAAUGGGCUUGCAAGCCUUCUUUAGUUCUCACCCGCCGAGACACUGCAGCUUGCGACCCUAGCUGAUAAAGUUUUUAAUCAUUAUAACUAUCUUUUUUGCUGUGGUCUCAAAAUUAGAGCUCUUGAGACUUGUUACCACUGCCUCAAGGGCAUCGGGUUUGGGGCGCCACCUGUAGCUGGUGUGGUUAGCCAUUUGCAGUCUCUAGGAGCCAGGCAAAGUUGCUUCCAGAAGAAUGACUCAGCUCCCAGCCAAGCCUCGGUGUCACUAGCUCCCGUCCUUUUGUGGGUCCCGCGGUCCCCCUUUUCAGACCAGCAUAACUGGCAGUUUGCAAAAGGAAUUAACUUUAUGACACAGUAGUAGCUUCCUGUGCUUGAAGAAGCUGCCCAGGAGAGUUGCUCUCUAAGAUAACUUUUCCAAGAACUGUACAGUAGCUACAGCGACUUAGGGAAACAAUAUUAGAGCCGGUUGAGAUGCAGGUAGUUCAGCUCUUUUUUACAGACAAAGAAGUCAGUGCCCAUAGAAGUUAGAAGACUUGCCCAAGAUCACAGACCCCGCACAGAACCUCUCCUGCCUUACCUCUGUUCGGAUAAAAAUGCUCUAGAGCAGUGGUUCUCAACCUUGGCUGCAGAUUAGAAUCACCUGGGAAUCUUUUUUAAAUCCUGAUUUUAAAUUUUAAAAAGAUUCCCAGGUGAUUCUAAUGUGCAGCCAAGGCUGAGAACCACUGCUCUAGAGGGACGAGACCAUCCUGGCCAGCCCAAGUUCAUGGCUAAGUGGCUUUUCUUCUCUUUGCCUGAACCCCCCUAUCCCCUUCCCUCACCUCCCCAAUUGUAUUAAUCAGAUUCAGUGUGCCAGACAAUAUUUCCAGUGCUUUACCUGCAACAUUUUUGGUGAAGAAGAGAGGCAAAGUAAAACUCCCCCUGAAUAUCUGCUGAGCAGCCCAUAGUGCUGUUCCAUGGAACAACAUUUCUCCUGAGUGCUGCAGUGCGGGAUCCAGAUGCUUCAGGCUUACAAGGAAUUCCAGUGGAAAAUUAAAUGGGUUAUGAGUCUCCAUAGGAUUUGAUUGAUGAAACUGACAACUCUCAUCUGGCUGUAAUGUUAUUGAUAUACCACUCUCGGGUGCAACCUCAGUAUUUCAAACCUCAAACAAUCAUUGAGACUUGCUAUUUGCAAAAUAGCUUAUGAUUUAGCUGGGGGGAAACGUUUAUUGGGAAUUUUAUUUUGUGCUAGACUUUAUUCUAUGUAUUUUAGGUGCAUUAACUCACUUAAUCUGUAUAACAACCCUGUGAGGUAGGUACUGUUAGUACCGCCCUUUUAAAGGGGAAAGUUUGACACAGAAAGUGGAAGUCAUAUUGCUGGUAAGUGGCAGUGCCAGGAUUAGAAAUCUGACCUUCUGCCUUUAGAUCACACCUCCUUUCAGAAAACAGAGACCAGUGUGAAAAUUAUGUCCUAUACCGUAAGUAUUUGUGUAUGGCCUUCAAACACCAAGGCUGGAACUUCCAGAGAAGAAGUACAGAGAAACCUGGAUUGCAAAUCUGGGUUUUCUAGUUCUGCUUCUUUUUCUCACUAACUGUCUGACCUCUUUGGGCAUCAGUUUGGUCAUCUGUAAAACAGAGAGACUGGGCUAGAUGAUUUCUAAGGGCCAUCCUUAUCUAAAGCUCUGUGCUUCAACUGAUGUACCAGGAUGCCCAGUGUGUGCUAAGGGGGGAGGGGGGGUGGCAGUGGUUCCUCUCGUUCUCCCACAGAAUGCUCUGUGUGACUAUACCCAUGUUCACAGGCCUUUCCUACAGCUGGUGUGUCCAUCCCAUAAUCCUCUUCACCCAGAAAAGAGAAAUGUCAUAUGCGAUGGAAAAGAAAUAAUAAAAACUCAUUCAUUGAGCAUCUAAUUUGUACCAGGCACCUUAUAAGUUCCCUUACAUAUCUAAAUGCUCAAAGACAGGCUGUUCAUCAGGCCAAAGUCAUUCUGCUCGAAAAUGAUAAUACCGUGACUCAGAUCCAAGGUGUGUUUUUUUAUUUCCAAAACUGGUGCUUUCAACUUCUACUCUGCAAUGACUUAAAGUCCUGUGGAUAUGAAGGAGAAAGCAGAAUAGCGUAUCUUAUCUGUUUUAUUGCCUGCUAUGGGAGAUAAGACCUGUGUGAGUUUUUUACUCAUUUUAUAAUCUGGAGAACACGGCCAGAGGCAACCUGUGUCCAGCUGGUGAUUCACCGCAGGACUUGAACCCAGGUCUCCCAUCUCUUGCUCCCUGCCUAUCCCAUCUCAUUGCUUAAAGGUUUCCUGGGAGCCCAGCUGGGCACUGACAGUGCUCUGUACUUCCAGGGGCUUGAAAGAGGGCACACACAAACUGCAGUGCCCUGCCAGGAGGGCAGGUGGCAUGGGAACUUGUCCUAUUCUAAAGGAACAUUCAGUCCUGAGGAUAGCAAAAGAUAACUGAAAGCAUUAGUUAAAGGUGGGUUUGUCCCCCUUAUAUCUCUUGAAACACGAAAACCAGUGGCAAAAGUGUUUGUAAAGCUCAAAUGAGAUAAAUGUGAAAGUGCUUUGUAAACUGUAAAGUGCUGUGCACAUGAUAUUCUGAGCAUCUUUGAAACAAAGAGCAUGUUGUUAAUAGCCAUUUACCAGAGAAGAGUAACAGUCUAUCAGGCCGUGAGGGAAUUGCUGACUGCCAUAGUGGGAGGUCUCCUGAGCCUGGAAAACACCCUGUACCCUGAUAACUCUUUUGUAUCUGUCAGCAAGGCUCAGGGCAUCAAUGUUUCCUUUCCAAUGUUGCCAACGAGCAUCUCUGUGUCUCUUUGUCCCAGGCCUCAAGGCUGGCUGAGUAGCUGGCUGCCGGCUUGGCGCCCCACUUCGAUGUCUCAAUUGAAGAAUGUGGAAGCCAAGAUCCUCCAGUGUCUCCAGAACAAGUUCCUGGCCCGGUAUGUGUCUCUCCCAAACCAGAACAAGAUCUGGACGGUGACCGUGAGCCCCGAGCUCAGGGACCGCACCCCUUUGGUGAUGGUGCAUGGCUUUGGGGGUGGCGUGGGCCUCUGGAUCCUCAACAUGGAUUCACUGAGUGCCCGCCGCACACUGCACACGUUUGAUCUGCUUGGCUUCGGGAGAAGCUCCAGGCCAACAUUCCCGAGGGACCCAGAAGGGGCCGAGAAUGAGUUUGUGAUCUCAAUAGAGACGUGGAGGGAGACCAUGGGGAUCCCCAGCAUGAUCCUCCUAGGGCACAGUUUGGGAGGAUUCCUGGCCACUUCUUACUCUAUCAAGUACCCUGAAAGAGUUAAGCACCUCAUCCUGGUGGACCCAUGGGGCUUUCCCCUCCGGCCGACUGACCCCAGUGAGAUCCGUGCACCCCCAACCUGGGUCAAGGCUGUGGCCUCUGUCCUAGGGCGUUCCAACCCACUGGCUGUUCUUCGAAUAGCUGGGCCCUGGGGGCCUGGCUUGGUGCAGCGAUUCCGACCAGACUUCAAGCGCAAGUUUGCAGACUUCUUUGAAGAUGAUACUAUAUCAGAGUAUAUCUACCACUGCAACGCACAAAACCCCAGUGGUGAGACGGCCUUCAAAGCCAUGAUGGAGUCCUUCGGCUGGGCCCGGCGCCCCAUGAUAGAACGAAUUCACUUGAUUCGAAAAGAUGUGCCCAUCACCAUGAUCUAUGGGUCCAACACCUGGAUAGACACCAGCACAGGGAAAAAGGUGAAGCUGCAGCGGCCGGAUUCCUAUGUCCGAGACAUGGAAAUCGAGGGUGCUUCGCACCACGUCUAUGCAGACCAGCCACACAUCUUCAAUGCGGUGGUGGAGGAGAUCUGUGACUCGGUUGAUUGAGCUGCUCUCACUAGAGGAAGCGGAGAAAGCCAGAGAGUCGCUCUCACCUCCCUGGCUGCUUACUCACCCUCUGUCCUUUCCUCACCAACUAACAUGUGCCAGCCAGUCAGAGUCUUGGGCUGUUCCCAAGGCAAGAACACAGUGAAAAGUACUCCUGACCCCAGGCUGAGGGCUGGAGGCAGAAGCUCCAACAAGGCCUUGAGCUUCCCACCCCCGGGGAGGAACAUAAAGGGUCUCUUAGUGCCACCCCAUUCUCUUCGUGCCAAGCGUUACCCAGAUAGUGGUUGUGAAGGGUCUGUACGGAACCACGUCCCCUCCCUGCCAAAGGGAGGGCAGCCUCUCUAGCCCUGGACAAAGCAGAGGCCCCCACAGUCUUUCCUAGCUCUGGAACGUUUCUGGGGGUAGGUUCCACAAAAGAACUUCCUCCUCCUCCACCUCCUUGCCCCGCCCAUGCCAGUGUCCAAGGUAUGGUUGGGACCAGUUCCCACGGAGCUACCAAGAGCAGGUUCUGGAGAGCCCCUUAUUCUUCAGAGUCUCUCCCAUGACCUGAGAGGUCAUAGCCAAAGCCCUCGUUAGCAGAUGAGGAGCAGGCCAGGGCAGGACAUGGCUGGCCCAUGGUGAUAUAGCUCUGUUCCAGAAAAGCUUAGGCUAGAACCCAGGUCUGCUGACACCUGGUGAUGGUGCAGACUCCAUUUGCAAAGGUUCGAGGCAGGCACCAUUGCCAUGGGGUAACUGGCCAAGGGUAAGCCCAUCCCUGCCCACAUUCCAGCCCCAUUGCACAGGGGUGCUGUUGUCCCGCCCUGUGUCUCAGCCCUGGCUGCCUAAGCCAGGAACACUCAAGUGCUUCCUUCCCUGCCCACUCUUCCUCCCAACAGGGAGGCCUCUGGGCCUCCCUCUGUGCCUUGGGCCCUGAAGCCCCUCCCAUAGUACAGAGCAAAGGUGGCCCCUGGUGGAGAGAGGAGGGAAAGGCUCUUCAACCCAGGGCCAGCUCUGGAUUCCCUUGCCCCCGGCAAGAUUUUUCUUCCUGUUCCCAGAGCUGAGGCCACCUGGAGCCCCUGCCCAUGGUCCAGUGGGGAGUCUCAUGCCAGCAGUUUCCUGUCCUCAUCAGCCACAGGAUGGUUCUCACUGCCUGGCCCUCUACCCCUGCCAUCUGUCCUCCGUGGUCUCCAGUUCAUCCCGCUCAACCCACCUGUCAUCCUCUCCAAGGACUGGUUCCAGGUGCUCCUGCGAGGUUCCGGGCAGCAGGCUGGACCUGGGCCCAGAACCAGGACAGCUCCUGCCUGCUCCUUCUCUUUUGUAAAGCCAACCCUUUCACCAAAAUAGUAUUAACUCACCAUGCUUUGUACUACUGGUCCAGCUGCCUUGGGCUCUUUUUCUACAUUAAUAAAGAAAUGAAUAAAAACUG